AUAACAAUCUAUAAACCCUUCAAGAUUUUGGCCUCUAUACCUAUUUCAAUAAUGGUUUCUGCUGAUGCUGCUCGAACUUUUGUUGGUAUCUUAGGAAAUAUCAUUUCACUCUUCUUCUUCUUGUCCCCAAUGCCAACAAUGGUUGAUAUAUGGAGAAAAGGUUCAGUGGAGCAGUACUCGGCAGCGCCAUACCUAGCAACCCUAAUGAACUGCCUGCUGUGGGGCCUAUAUGGGCUGCCAUUGGUGCACCCAGGAAGCCUUCUGGUGCUGACCAUCAAUGCAGCUGGGAUUGUCAUCCAAUCAUGCUUCAUCUUCUUCUUCUUUCUCUUCUCCCAAAAGAAAACAAGGCUUAAACUACUUAUGGUCCUUCUUAUGGAGCUCAUUUUCACUUCUCUUCUAGCAUUUUUGGCUUUGAACCUUCUCCACACUCACCCUAAAAGGUCUCUAGUCAUUGGCAUCAUAUGUAUCUUCUUCAACAUUUUGAUGUAUUUUGCACCAAUGGCCAUCAUGAAACUGGUGAUUACGACAAAAAGCGUGGAAUACAUGCCGUUUUUCCUUUCUCUGGCGACUUUUGUCAAUGGUUGUGUUUGGACUGCUUAUGCUCUCAUACGGUUUGACCCCAUAAUUAUGGUACCCAAUGGGCUGGGCCUACUAUUUGGACUGGGCCAGCUAAUAAUUUAUGCUCUAUUCUACAAGUCUACGAAGAAAAUUAUAGCAGCAAGGAAAGUGAAAGAAGAAGAUUUGCCAAAGGUAGUUGUGGUUAAAGUACUUGAAGUAGAAGAAGAACCCAAUAAGUCCAGUAAUCUGGGCCUUUAAAAUAGUUCAAAGAAACAUGACAUGUGAACCCAUGGGCCUGGCCCAUUGGAGGAGAGCAUUUCUUUUUCUUUUUCUUUUUUGGGUGAGGAGAGAACAUUUAACUACAUAAGUGAGCUUCAAAUAUAAAUUCUUCUUAUAUUUGUCCUAGCUUCAAAUUUUUAUUGGAAUAAAAGAAGAAUAAACC